CAAUAAAUAAACGUCAAUGGCCUAAUGUCAAAUGUUCAAGCAAAUAAUUUUUAAAUUAUAAUAGACAAAGUAUGUAAAUUUAUUAUUAAAACACAAACUAUGCUUUAAUUAACAACAUAAUUAAUAUAUAAUUCCAACAAAUUAAAUUUAUAAUUCAAUUAUGUAUUGCAGAUUUAAAAUACGAUGCCUAGUUGGGACAAUGAGCAGAUCUUUGAGCUCCGCAGAGGUGUCCACUGCAUUAAGACCAUUCUAUUUUAGCGUACAUCCCGACUUAUUUGGAAAAUAUCCAGAACAAAGAAAAAUAAAUGAAAACUCACUACAAUUACUAAGUGCUUUAAUAGAAGCUCAGCAAUCUAGUAAAAACAUGGCUAUACCAGUUCUGCCAUUCUAUUUAAGACAGAAAGAUAUGCCAGAUGGUAAUUUCAAAUUAGUUAAAAUUCAUCUAAAUAGCAAAAAUGUUAGAGAAACAGUAGUUAAAGUUUUAAGUGCCUGUGAUAUAUCGACACAUUACAUAGAUAAAAUACCAAGAAGUCCAACUAAGUCUGACGGGAGUAAAAUUGAUUUUACGAGAGCAUAUGAAGAAUAUAAUAGGGACUUUCAAAAAGCCACAGAUAUGAAACAAAAAGUUGAAAAAAAGAAAGCAAUUACUAAUAUAAUAGACUGGGUGUAUGAAAACAGUGAUGAUGGUAAAGAAAAAUAUGAAUUGACAAGAGCGACAAGACAUCAAGUAACAACUCUUAUUGAAAAUCUCCGCAAAACAUAUGGUAUAAAAGAAGUUAAAUAUGAUAGUGGAUGGAAUAUAAGUCACAUAAGAGGUGCACUUCAAAGUCUCACAGCGAUGGCAUCUCAGUAUUCGAAGUACAUGGGCAAUUUAAAAGGCAGAACAAUUGCGUUAGGUCAAUUUACAGGUGUCAGCUUAGAUGGAGAUGUGUUCCUUAAUAUUAUUGAUGUUAGAAAUGAAUGGCUAUCACUCAUCAAAAAGGUUGAUCAAGAAGACACUGCCUUAACAGAGAUUCCAAAUUAUGAGAAAGCUCUUUCUAGUAUACUUAGAGAUAUACACAUUUGUAGAAGAAAGUUCAUGCCAAAAGUAUCAGCAGCACAAUACUGUAGCCAUCUUAGGCAAUUGAUUACUUCCAUUGGGGAUUUUUAUGGUAAUGGAAAGAAAAUUCCAGAAUCUGUACCCGAAUCUCUAAACAAAUAUGAAAUCGUUGUUGAACCUGAAGCAGGCCCUUUGAUGGUUUCGCCAACUGGUCAGUUCAUAACGCCGUCGUCGUGCCCUGCAGAUGAACUUAUACCGUUUAUCGCUAAACAUCUCGACGAGGCUACUUUACUUCUCACAGAAUAUAGCAUAAAUAAACAUAUAGAAAAGGCAUUAUGCAAAGAAGUUAAGGAAAGAUUUGGAUUAAUAGAUCUUAAUAAAGAUGACAGCAUAACCCCGGGACUCAUGAUUCUUUGUUGCCAAAGACUUCUCACUCGAAUUGACAAACUCGAAAUGAAAUUGCGUGGAAAUAUUAUUUAUGUGACCCACUAUUAUUCAGUGUUGUCCGAAGGCGUGCUAUGCAUACCAUGGAAUUUUAAAUAAAUAUGUGAAUACAAAUGUACGUUCAAACAAGCUACAAACAAAAUAGGAAAGAUAAAAUGAACUUAUUCACAGAAUAAAAAUUGUAUUUUUUUUUUUUUUUUUUAUCGUAGUAGUUAUUAGUCUUAGUAUAUGAUAUGAUAAAAUAUUAAUAAAUAAUGAAAGUUCCCGAAAAUAUACAACAGAAAGUGCAAUUCAUUUUUGUCAGUAUAUUAAUUUUUAAUUAUCAUAUCGAUUCCUAAUAAUAUUUAUUGCAUUGUUUUAAACAUAGACAAAAUACUCUAAUAAUAAGUUUUGGAUAUUGAACUUAAUUUAUUAAAAAAGGGAACUUUAGAUGUUAUAUUUAUGUACAAAGUAUGAAUAAACAUUAUUAUUGAAA